AUGUCUCGGCAACACGUCAGAGCGUACCACGAGGCGCAGCGGCCGCACCCCGCGCAGGGCUCGUCCGCCGUGCCCGUCACAGGCGGCGAGCGCGCCGCUGCAGCGGCGCCGCGCGCAGGCGGAGCGGAGGCCGCCAGGCCCGUGACGGGCAAGCUGGAGAGCUUCCUCGCGCACGUCACCCCGCACGUCAAACUGCGCUUCCUCCCCCAGGACUGGUGCGACGAGCACAGCAACGGCGCGCGCGCCAAGCCCCCCCCCGGCGCGCCUCCCGCGCCGUUCUUCUUGCUGAGCGACCUGUGGGACGCGCUGGAGGAGUGCAGCGCGUACAGCGCCGCCGUGCCGCUGCACCUCCCCCCCACGGGCGCGCCCGCCACGCAGCACUACGCGCCCUCCAUCUCCGGCCUCCAGCUCUUCUCCCGCCUCCCUGCGCCCGCUGCGGGCCCCCCUGCGCCCACGCCCCCCCCCUCCGCCCCGCGCCUGCAUUCGCGCAGCCCGCUGGAGCAGCCCAGCCUGGCGUCGUCCCCCCACUCCCCCCACUCCCCGCACUCCCCCCACUCCCCGCAUUCCCCCCACUCCCCCCACUCUCCACCGUCCCCCUGGGAGGCGUAUUUGGGGGAGGGCGGCAACGGACGGUGCGAGGAGGGUGCGGAGGCGUGGUGCCGCGACUGCAGUGGCGGGCGUCCGCUGCUGGAGUUCUUCGAGCGCGCACCGCCUCACUGCCGCCCACCGCUCUGCACCAAGGUAGCGGAGCUAGAGCAGGAGUGUGCGUUGCUGAAACGCACCUCGAGCUUGCAGCUUCAUCCGCGCAGUUGGAUCGCCAUCGCCUGGUACCCCGUGUACAGCAUUCCCACGGCCGCCACCACGCGUGAUCUCGCCGCCUCCUUCCUCACCUUCCACAGCCUCUCCUCCCCUCUGCCCUCCUCCUCCGGUGCGUGCAGCCUCUGCAGAGCCAGGUUCUGGAUCGCCCCACCCUCCUUGCCCGUCUUCCAAUCCGCCAAGCACUUGCCCGGCCGCCCUUCAUCGGACUCCGCUGACGGUGCGAGCGAGGUGAGGCAACGGGGGCUUUUCACGACGCCUCUGGUGCCGUUUGGCUUUGCGGGGUACAAGACGUGGGGGACAGUGUGGUCGGACCGGGGGGCGGUGCGGGGCUUGGAGGUGGCGGCAACGCAGUGGCUCCGCCAGAUUGAUGCCAACCUGCCCGACCAUGCCUUCUUUUCCAGGCAACGAUAG